AUGCCGUGCACAAAAAAAUGGAAAGUGGUUCUGAGAGAUGACAGGGACGACCCAGAUGAAUCCGUGUUGAGCCUGGCCUGUAGUAACUCCGCCAGAUUUCGCCAGCCUAUCGUCUUGAAGCCAGGCAUAAUUGAACAGAGAUUGGAGGGCAACGAAGUUAUUCAGCGAUGGGGACUCCCGACUCCCUGUGAAUGUGAAGCCCGCGACAACACUGCAGACGUCAUAGUCUCCGCUAUUGGGUCCUGGAAACCUUCCGCACUAUUAAAAAUGUUGGAUCUCAGCAUAUCUCAAUUUUACUGGAGUACAUCUACUUAUAAUAUGGAAUUUUUUGUUAAAAGAUCAUGGAAAUUUUUACGAGUCACGCUCGACAAACGGGCUCUAACCUAUCACAUCCAUGACGAUGAUAGAUGGCAGCUAUUGGGAUCUGAACACUUGGGUAUUGAGGACAUUUGCACUCUGGAAGAUCAUUAUAAAAAAACUGGCACGAGUGUCAUAUUGCGAAAAGCGACCGAAUACUGGCUGGGAGAUUGGGAAAUUCCCUCCCCUGGCACCAAGAUAGUCUCAAGGAAUUCGAAUUUGAGUGUUACGUCACCACGAAAGAUGGGCAAUGGAUAUGCAUCGACGAAUUAG